GCCCUUAACGCUUCGUUUUAUACUUUGUGGAUGCGAUUAUAGAGUGUAAUCUCAUUUGCUGUGGCGUUGUAUUUUUAGAAAGGAUGAAAAUGGUUUAGUGUCCGAAUAUUGCGCAAGCUCAAACCAGUAAAUUUCAAAUAUGUUUUGGCUACCAUCGUUGUGCGUCAAGCUGUAGUUUGUAUUAGCAGUAGACUGCCUUUUAAAACUGGACUUUUGUGAAUGUUCUUGUUUGCAUGUAUCAUUAUCAUAUAAAGAUAUCUUAUAACUCUGCACUGAAGAAUCUGUGCGUUUAUUAUUAAAAAUUUGUGAUGCAUUAUCAUGGGUUUUUUCCACCUCUUCAUCUUCAACGGCGAAAAAAGAUCUAUGAGAUUUUGGAAGAAGCUACAGAUAUAAAGUCGUUACUGGAUAUCGGCUGUUCGCAAGGCCAAUUACUAUCAUACUUGGUAACUUGCAAUGACAAGGUGCCUAUUGAGUAUCUUGCCGGAUUCGAUAUUAAUGAAGGCGUUUUAAACAGUGCUGAGCAAGGUAUUGCGAUUAACGAUAAAGAGCGCCUUCGCUGGCGCCCUUUAACUGCUGAGCUGUAUCAAGGAGACAUCAAACAGCUGCAUUCAUUUCGUUAUGUUGAUGCUGUUGUGGCUUCUGAAUUUAUUGAACAUCUUUCCCCCGAAGAGAUACACUCCAUGGAAGAGCUCGUAUUCAAUGUUAUCCAACCCAGGUUUUUCAUCGUAUCCACACCAAACAGCGAGUUUAAUCCACUUCUGCGUAUGAUCUCCCCGAAAACAGUGAACGGUACUCGUUCGCGGAGGAAUGGCUUCAGGCAUGAUGAUCAUCUCUUUGAAUGGACACGUUCAGAAUUUCAGAAGUGGGCACACCAAUUAUGCGAACAAUAUUCCAAUUAUACCUGCGACUUUACAGGCGUUGGAUUUGCUUACGAACUGUUUGGCGACAAGACUGAAUUGAAUAAAGCCACUGACUCUCAUGACUUUGGUCCAUGUUCUUCAUUCACCAUUUUUAAAAGAACUAGCCUUCGGUUUCAUGAGCAAAGAAAACAAUCUCCCUGUAAUGGUAUCAGGCUUUUCGCCCGAGUUGUUCAUCCUUUUGUAAACCGGCCUUACCCUCCUUCGUAUGCAGACUUCAACAAGUUGCUGAAUCUUGCCAUCAAGAACGAUUAUUUUGGUUUCGAAAAAGAGUCCAUCCAACAGCUCACUUGCAAGUUGAACAUAGAAAUACCACUUCAUUACUUUUGGAAUAGAUGCCCUAUAUUAAGACACGCAUUCCGGUACAACGAGGCUACUUUUGUAGCAUACUUUUUACAAAAAAGGAAAAUGAUCAUGAAUUAUGCGAAUAGAUGUGAUACAAAAACUUAUCGUAUCAGAAAAGUGUCAUUGAAACAAUGCUCAUUCACUAUGGCUGUGCCUUCUGGAUGUGAGCUUUGAAGUUCGUCAAUCACCAAGACAUUUCAUCAAAACGUUUUAAUAAUGAAAUAGCUUGAUUCAAUUUUUUAUGUUCAGCCAUACGCAUAUAAAAGAUGGGACAAUCACGACUGGUACAAAUAACGUCUUGGUGCAAACUGCCCUGGCAACGUUGACACUCUGUCCACAGGCGAGCAAAGCGAACCUCCAAGUCGUUGACGAGACCUACUUGCCUUUGAUAGAACUCGGCAGAACGGUCACGACAAUCAUCACACAAUGCAGCCUUUCCCUUACGAAUAGGUACUUUGCAACCGAUACAAGUUUCGGUUUUCACAGCAAACUUCAUGAUACCACCCAAACUGGGAGUAGCCAUAGAAAUAGUUCUCGUAUGGUCACCAUGCAGGAGUGAAUUAGCUUUUUCACCGAGAAUCGGUUCAAAAAUUCGAAGAAGGGGUUUUGCGAGUUGGUUCUCUAAAUAAUACUUGGCAUCAAUUGGAAUGUUGUUUUCCAGUACGUACAUAGGGUCUUCAGAGCGCAUGUAAAAUUGGUCGCCUUGUGCGCCCUUAAUAAUUACAUAAGCAACACGAUCUCCCAGAGCAGGAGCAGAACCAGCAUCACGUUUGCGCAUACGUUCAGCUAAUUCAACAUGUGCUUGUUUUGCGGCAUAGUCGGUUUUUGUUAAAGCUUUCGUGAUGACGAGUUGGGACAUAUCAAUUUUGUUCUGCAAAAGAUCAGAAAUAAUUUUUUUCGUAAAUCUGUUAAAGUUAGACAAAAUAAUCCUUCAAAAUUUUUGAUAGUAGUUACUUACGACUGGGCACCUUCAACAUCUUGAUCAA